UGUGAAUUUGAGGCGGCUUCCUCAUCAUAAUGAGGUGGUGCUAGGACCCACUUUGGAUAUUUACUCAUUGUUUAGUCGGAUUAUUGCAAUUCAACUGAAUCGAAGAUUCCAAAUGCAUACUAGAAGAAGGCUAGUCCAAUCGCUAUAAUAUGAAUUUAUCUAAAUAGAGUUUUUGAGUUUUUUUUAAGCUUUUGAUUGCAGAUAUAGAUGAAUGCUUGGGUUCAGAGACAGGUCCUUGUGUGCCUGAUGCUCGCUGUCACAAUGAAGUUCCUGGCUACAGAUGCUUAUGCCCAUUUGGUAGCACUGGAGAUGGCACAAGACAUGGGUCUGGAUGCAGAAAGAUAUUCCAAGUUAUUGAAGCUAUUAUAGGGAUAUGUUUGGGUUUUGGACUGAUGCUACUAUGUAGCUUAUGGUUUUAUUGCGCUCUUAAGAAACGGACGCUAAUCAAGCUGAAGGAGCAAUAUUUUCGCCAGAAUGGAGGGCUACUAUUGAAACAACAAGUGUCUAAUCGUGAGGGUACUGAUUGCACCAGAAUCUUCUCAUAUGAAGAGCUCAAACAAGCAACUCAGAACUACGACGAGAGUAGAAUCCUCGGGACGGGUGGAUAUGGAACAGUGUAUAAAGGAAUUCUCGAAGACGGAACCACGGUCGCCAUUAAGAAAUCCAAAGUGAUUGAUCAGAACCAGGUCGAUCAAUUCAUCAAUGAAGUUGUAAUCCUAACCCAAAUCAAUCAUCGCAAUGUGGUCAAGCUCUUGGGCUGUUGCUUAGAGACCGAAGUCCCAAUGUUGGUCUAUGAGUUCAUCUCCAAUGGCACCCUCCAUAGACAUAUCCAUGAAAAGUUUUCCAUGACCCGAAUCUCAUGGCUGAACCGUCUGAGGAUUGCAAUUGAGACUGCAGAAGCUCUUGCAUAUCUUCACUCCGCUGCUUCGAUGCCCGUCUUCCACAGGGACGUGAAGUCUUCGAACAUACUCCUAGAUGAAAAUUACACUGCAAAAGUUUCUGACUUUGGGAUUUCGAGGUUGGUCCCAUUGGAUCAAACGCAGAUUCCAACAUUGGUUCAAGGGACCUUAGGUUACUUGGAUCCCGAGUACUUCCAAACAAGCCAGUUGACGGCAAAGAGCGAUGUUUAUAGCUUCGGUGUAGUUCUUGUUGAGCUCUUGACAGGUCAAAAGCCCGUUUCUUUCGAGAGAUCAAGAGAAGAUAGCAAUCUUGCUAUGUAUUUCUUGUCGUCAUUGAAGAGGAAGGAUUUUUCGGAUUUCUUAGAUGAUAAUUUGUUGAGAGAAGGCACAGUUGAGCAACUGAGGGCGGUUUCAGAACUGGCGAGGAAAUGCCUGCUUAUAAGAGGGGAUAAAAGGCCAACCAUGAAGGAGGUGGCUCAAGAGCUCAUUCUCAUUUCUGGUUUUGGAAGACAAGGUUGGCUGGAGAACGAAGAAGAGAACGAUGACUGUAUGCCAGUCGAUGGAAUUGGGUUGAAUUUCAUUGGUGGUCAGGAUUGUUUCCAGGCAGAUUUAACAGUGACAUUUGAUUUGGAGAGAUAGGAAGAGGAUGGACAAUUCUAGUCGCAUGGUGAGAAACCGAUCAGUACAGCCCAUACAGUAGCAGGCUUUACUUGCAGAUGGAAAACAGUUUAAGAAUCCAAACCAUUCAAAUAAUCAUAAAAAUCAGUUUCUUGCUGCCCUUAACCUACUGUUUUGUGCUGUCAGCUUGAACGACACUGUUUGGAUGGAAAGGAUUCAUCGAAUUAGUUGGAUUUUUUUAACUGGUCCCAGUUUUACUCCUACCUUCUAUGAAUAUGGUGUAGUGAUCAAUCUAUGAGAUAUGCGCAUUCCACGAGUUCAGUCCAUGUGAGAAGUCCUGAAUUUCCUCACCCUAACACUAGGGAUAUUUUCCUUGUUGUUUUGACUGAGCUCAAGUGACAAACUUAUAAAUUAGUGUGCGUUUGGGAGCACUAUUGAAUUGAAUUGUGAUUGUUAGCCUUAUGGAGUGGAUAUAACCAAAUUGUAAUUUCCUUUGUUACUGUCUUAUA